GCUGCGGUGAGGGCAGGCGGGGCGGGAGCUCCGGGUGCUCGGGGCUUCCCCCGGUGCUGCAUGGGCAGAGCCGGAGCCGGAGCCGGAGCCGUGCCCCGGAGCGCGCAGUGCGGCCGGCGCCGGCCUCGGGGGGUAGCGGCCCCGGCGGGGCGCGGGCAGCGCUGAGGUGAAGCCGCUGCGGGACCGGAGCUUGCCAGCCGGGAUGCUGCAGCAUGAACCCACCGCUUAGAGAGCAGCGACCGCGCCGCUUCGGCACCGCUCCCUGAGCCGGCCCCGCUCCCUGAGCCAUCACCGCUCCCUGAGCCGGCCCCGCUCCUGAGCCAGCCUGACAGCAGCGUCCUGCGCGGAGCCUACACGGACACUGACGCCGGGAGCCGCUCCGCCGCCCGGCUCCGGCGGGAUGCGCUCGCCGCCGCCGCCGCCGCCUCCAUGCCGGCAGGAGGGGCUCUGAGCCGCCGCUCCGCUCCCUGCGAGCCCGUCGGGCAGGGACCCCGGGCAGCGGCGGGGCCCCGGCCGGGAGCCGUGCCCGCAUCGCCCGCCGGCCGCCCCCGGUGAAGGCGCUCGCUGCAGCCGCUGCUCCGAGGGAGGCACCCCCGAGCCUUUCGCCGCCGAGACGAGCGGCGCAUCCCGGGGUGGCGGCGGGUCCCACCCGGCGGCCGCGAUCCGGUGCCCCAUGGUGCUGCUGCGGAAGCUGCCGGGGAUGCCGGGCUGGCCAACGGCGCUGGGGCUGCGGCUGCCGCAGAAGUUCCUGUUCCUGCUCUUCCUCUCGGGCCUGCUCACGCUGUGCUUCGGAGCCCUGUUCCUCCUGCCCGAUUCCUCCCGCUUCAAGCGCCUCUUCUUGCCCCGCCGCGCCACCGCCUCCACCUCCUCUUCUUCCUCCGCCUCCUCCUCGUCCGCCGCCGCCUCCUCCUCCACCCGCGACACCGGCCUGCCCCGCAGCCCUCCCGCCGAGCCCCGCCACGCCAGCCCCGCCGCACCGCGCCGCCUGCGGGAGAAGCCCCGUGCCCGGCAGCAGGUGCAGAGCGACGGCCGAGCCGAGCCCGGUACGGGCGCUGCCCCCGCCCGGGACACGCGAGCCUCGUUCCGCUUCGACUACGAGCGGUUCCGCCGCAGCCUCCGGCACCCGGUGCGGGGCAGGCGGCCCGGAGAGGACCCCGAGACCCGAGCCCGCAGGAUGAAGAUAAAGGAGAUGAUGAAAUUCGCUUGGGAUAACUACAAACUCUAUGCACUGGGGAAAAACGAACUGCGACCGCUGACCAAGAACGGCCACAUCGGGAACAUGUUUGGAGGCCUUCGAGGAGCUACAGUGGUAGAUGCCUUAGAUACUCUGUACAUCAUGGAACUCGAGGAGGAAUUCCAAGAAGCAAAGAAGUGGGUGGAGAAGAGCUUUGACUUGAACGUGAAUGGAGAAGCAUCCUUGUUUGAGGUGAACAUCCGCUAUGUUGGAGGACUGCUGGCCACAUACUACUUAACUGGAGAAGAGGUCUUCAAGAGCAAAGCUUUGGAACUGGGAGAGAAACUUCUGCCGGCUUUUAACACCCCCACGGGUAUCCCACGUGGCGUCAUAAACCUGGGCAGCGGCAUGAGCUGGAGCUGGGGUUGGGCAUCUGCUGGAAGCAGCAUCUUGGCAGAAUUUGGGACCUUGCACUUGGAAUUCCUGCACCUCUCGGAGCUCUCUGGCAACCCUGUGUUUGCAGAAAAGGUGAUGAACAUCCGCAAGGUCCUGAACAGAGUGGAGAAGCCACAGGGCCUUUAUCCCAACUUCCUCAGCCCGGUGACAGGGAACUGGGUGCAGCACCACGUCUCCAUUGGGGGGCUUGGGGACAGCUUUUAUGAAUAUCUCAUCAAAUCUUGGCUGAUGUCUGACAAGAAAGACUCUGAAGCUAAAAAGAUGUAUGAUGAUGCACUAGAGGCAAUAGAAAAGCAUCUGGUCAAGAAGUCAGCCGGAGGAUUGACCUACAUCGCUGAGUGGAGGGGUGGUGUCUUGGAUCACAAAAUGGGCCACCUGGCUUGUUUCUCUGGGGGCAUGAUAGCCCUUGGAGCUGAACACGCUGGAGAAGAGAGGAAGCAACAUUACAUGGAUCUCGCUGCAGAGAUAACAAGCACAUGUCACGAGUCUUAUGCACGCUCAGAUACCAAACUGGGCCCUGAAGCCUUUCGCUUUGAUGCUGGGACUGAAGCCAUGGCAACCAGACUGAGCGAGCGCUACUACAUCCUGCGGCCAGAGGUGGUGGAAAGCUACAUGUACAUGUGGCGGCUGACCCACGAUCCCAAGUACAGGCAGUGGGGCUGGGAGGUUGUGAAGGCCCUGGAAAAACACUGUAGAGUAGAAGCUGGUUUCUCUGGCAUCCGAGAUGUUUAUACCACAACCCCGACCCAUGACAACAUGCAACAGAGUUUUUUCCUCGCAGAGACUCUGAAGUACCUCUAUCUUCUGUUCUGUGAAGAUGAUGUGCUGUCUCUGGACGACUGGGUGUUCAACACAGAGGCUCACCCCCUGCCAGUCAACCACACGAACUUUAAAGCAAGCGUGCAGCAGUGAGGCCACUGCCCAGGCCCUGCUGCUGCAGCCUCGGCGCGUUUCAGCUUUUCCUUUCCAUUAAAGGAAUCUGCAUUGUUCCUGAGAUGGUAUUUUGGGGCAUAGUCCAAUUCCGGACAGUAUCGUAUGGGGAAGAUGAAACCAUGAUGUAAGCACCUUCUUUUCCUCUGUGAGGAGCUCUAUUAGCCUGAUACUGAGAUGUUUAUUCUGGGCCAUAUUGUACACAGUUCAUAGACAUUCCUUUAUACAGAGAAUUUAUAUGAAAUCCACUGACUUUGCUUUAUAGUGGCCAAAGGACUGGAAUUUUGCCAUAAAAUAGACUUCACACACACAUCUUCCUUUCUUUUCUCAGUUUCAUUUUUGCCUUUUAUAUACUCAUGGAUUGAUCACCAUUCUAGUGAACAGUUGCCAAUAUACUGUGCUUCCUAGGCACUUGGGAAGGACAGGACAGGACAGGAGCAGGAGGAAGGGGAGAUGUCCUUUAUGUGAGAGAGCAGGUGGAGUGCAUGGAGCUCUGCCUAGGGAUAGAUGAGGAGCUGACUGGGAGCUUAGGGGUUAGGAUUAAAGAGAAGACAUACAAGUGACAUUAUAAUGGGAGUCUGCUAUAGGCCACCUGACCCGAAAGAGCCCCGUGCUCAGCAAGACAAGGAACCUGAUUACAUAGGACAUGGAAACUGUUGAAAUACCAAAUGUCACCUUUGUCUCAGUCUUUAUUAGCAAGACUGAUCUUCAGGAAUCACAGGUUCCAUAGACCAGGGGGAAAGGCUGGAGCAAAGAUGGGUUGAAAACUGGCUGAUGGUUGGGUAUAGAGGUGGUGAUCAAUGGCACAACAUCUAUUAGAGGCCAGUAGCUAGCAGAAUAUCCUAGGGAUCAAUACUGGUCUAGUCCUGGUUAACAUCUUCAUUAAUGAUCUGGAUAAUGAGGCAGAGUGUACCCUCAGCAAGUUUAAUGAUGACACAAAACUAGGAGGGGUGGCUGAUAGACCAGAGGAUCCUGCUGCCAUCCAGAGGGACCGCAACAGGCUGGAGAAAUGGGCUGGUAAGAACCUCAUGAAGCUCAAUAAGCAGAAGUGCAAAGUCCUGUACCUGGGAAGGAACAAGCCUGUGCUCCAGCAUGUGCUGGAAAGCAUCUUGGCAGAGAAGGACCUGGGGGUCCUGUGGACACCAGGUUGACCAUAAGCCAGCAAUGGGCCCUUACUGCAAAGCAGGCCAGUGGUAUCCUGGGCUGCAUUAGCCCCAGAGCGUUGCCAGCAGGGCAAGGGAGGUGAUCCUGCUCUGCUUGGCACUGGUGAGGCCACAGCUGUGUCCAGGUCUGGGCUCCUCAGUACAACAGACAUGGACAUAGUGCAGUGAGUGCAACAAGGGACCACAGAGAUCAUUAAGAGACUGGAACAUCUCUCCUGUGAGGAGAAGCUGAGAGCUGGGACAGUUUACCUUGCAGAAGGCUCAGGGGGAAUCUUUUAUAUAUACAUAUAUUAGGAGGGAGGGUGCAGAGAGGUUGGAGCCAGGCUCUUCCCAGUGGUGCCCUGUGACAGGACCAGCACAAACUGAAACACAGGAGAGUCCUGAACAUCAGGAAACACUUCUUGUACCUUGCUGGUGACUGAGCACUGCCCAGAGGCUCCUGCCAACCUCACCCAUCCUGUGAUUCUGUGGUGUCAAAGCUGGAAUUAAAUCAAAAGCUGUCUGCAGAGUUCUGAAUUCUAACGUAUUUUUGUAUCCUUUUUCUGUGCUCUUAAACCACAAUUCCCACACCUGACAUUUCACUGCCCUCCAUUGCUUUUGUGUUUUUCUACUUUUAUUUGGAACUAAAUGUUACGAGUCACUUGUAAUAAUUUCACUGCUGUAAUAGUCAAAUCUGUGAAACAGAAUAAAGUCUUGUAACAUAAAAAGCAUGUUUGGGUUGAUCCUCUCUGUAAAGCCACCUGCCAGAGACCUGCUACAUCAUGCUUGGAAUAACUAGGUGACAAUACUGCUUGAUUUCAAGAGUAUUUCACAAUAUAUGUUGAUUACCAGAGUACUGUAGCCAGUGUGUGGACAGCAAUUCCCAUCGGCACCAGCUCUCAAAUUGCUUCUUCCCCAUCUGAAAGGGGUUAGCAGAAACUCUACUAAAUGUCUCAUUUUUCUAGCACAAAUAAAUAAUCCCCAGCC